AUGGCUUCGGUAACAGAAGCUGCUGGCCUUGGGGUUGGCGAGAAGAAGAGCGUUUAUAAAGAGCUGCGUCAAAAUCCUUAUCUUCUCGGUUUAUCGGCUUUUGCAUCACUCGGUGGUUUCCUCUUCGGUUAUGAUCAAGGAGUAGUCUCAGGCGUGCUGACCAUGGAGUCAUUUGCCGCCGCCUUCCCUAGGAUCUACCUAGACAGCUCCUUCAAGGGUUGGUUCGUUUCAACGUUGCUACUGGCUGCUUGGUUUGGCUCUCUAGUCAACGGCCCAGUAGCCGAUCGUUUUGGUCGCAAAGGAUCCAUUAUGAUAGCUGUUGUUAUCUUCACCAUUGGCUCCGCACUCCAAGCUGGAGCCGUCAAUAUCAGCAUGGCUUUUGCUGGCCGAGCAAUCGCAGGUUUCUCAGUUGGUAUGCUAACGAUGAUCGUGCCCAUGUACAUGAGCGAAGUAUCCACCGCCGGUAUCAGAGGCACUCUAGUCGUUCUACAACAACUUUCCAUCACCCUCGGUAUCCUGGUUUCCUACUGGCUCGAAUUUGGUACGCAAUAUAUCGGAGGUACACGUUGUGCGCCCGACAUCCCUUACACCGGAGGUAAACCGUCCGAACCAACUUUCGACCCAUACAAAGAUAUCGGUCCGAACGGCUGCACCGGCCAAAGCGACGCUUCCUGGCGCGUUCCCUUUGCACUACAGAUAUUUCCUGGCCUUGUCCUUGGCAUUGGUAUGCUGUUCUUUCCCGAAUCACCUCGGUACUACUGCAUGCGCGACAACGAAGAAGACGGCAUCCGAGCACUGGCGCGUGUCCGCCGCACCAGCCCAGACGACGAGCUGGUUCAGAAGGAGUACCUCGCUAUCAAAGCAGAGGUCAUGUUUGAGGCCUCGUACAACGCAGAAAAGUUCCCUGGAAAGAAUGGUGCCUCGCUCUACAUUGCUGGUUACGGUACACUCUUCUCGACAUGGCCAUCAUUUAAACGUACUGCCAUCGGCUGUAUUACCAUGUUUAUGCAACAAUUUAUCGGAUGCAAUGCGAUUAUCUACUAUGCUCCGACGAUCUUUGCUCAAUUGGGUCUAUCAGGAAAGACGACGGGGUUGCUUGCAACAGGUGUCUACGGGAUCGUGAACACCCUCUCUACGCUCCCCGCCCUCUUCCUGAUCGACAAGAUCGGUCGGCGCCCCCUUCUGCUCAGCGGCGCCGUCGGAACCUGCAUCUCUCUUUUAAUUGUCGGCGGCAUAAUCGGCGCCUACGGCGACACACUGCGCUCUCACCCCUCCGCGGGCUGGACCGGCAUAGCUUUCAUCUACAUCUACGACGUCAACUUCUCCUACUCCUGGGCGCCCAUCGGCUGGGUGCUGCCAUCUGAAAUUUACAACCUCGGCAACCGCUCAAAAGCAAUGUCCCUAACUACCUCAUCGACGUGGAUGUGCAAUUUUAUCAUCGGCUUGGUUACACCGGAUAUGCUGGAAAAGAUCGGGUUUGGAACGUAUAUUUUCUUUGCGGGAUUUGCUGCUAUCGCGGCGGUGUUUACGUGGUUUCUUGUGCCGGAGACAAGAGGCAGGAGUCUCGAGGAGAUGGAUGCCGUGUUUGGGGAUACGACGGCGCAGGAGGAGAAGAGAAGGCUGGCAGGAAUUGCGAGGGGCUUAGGGAUUGGGGGCGUAGAGGAUGAGGAUGUAGAGGAGAAGGAGGUUGCCGUGAAGAUGGAGAUGACGGGAGCGUGA